UUCGAAACUUGUCGAGGAUGUGGAAAAAACAAAUAUCGAGAAAUUAGCCGAGAUAUUGAUGGUAGAGCAAGAAACCAUUGAAAAAGCCAUCGAAGAAUUAUUAACUACAAAGGACUGGACUGUCAUGGAUGAUUUAGUACUUACACCGUAAGCACACAUUUUUUUUUUUUUAAGUAAUAUAUAGCGGGUCUUCCCAUUUUCCGUUCUCAAAAAAAAAGUGGCGUUGCAUUGUAGUACCUUUAUGAAAGCCUUAAGAGUUAAAGUGGAAUCACAUCUACGUGCCGUAGGUUCCAUCUCCAUUGUACUCUUAUCACAGCAAAUGAAAUUACCUUACAGCUUACUAAAAUUGGUUACCAUGGAUCAUGAGGAUUAUAUUCGUUACAACCAAAUACCCGAUGUGAUAUCUACAAGAGAGUAUAUCGAUGAUUGUAAAUCAAACAUACGCACUGCAUUGGAGACCACAGACGAACCACUUGUCAUGUUUAAGCUUCAAAAAUCACUCAAUAUUCAAGAAGACAUGUUUUACUUAUUGCUGGAACAUAUCGUUAAAGAAAGUACAUUCACAUUGGGUACACUUCGAGGAAAGAAAAGCAGAGCGAUAUUUGAGCCAAAGAGUUACAAGGAUGGACAAAUAGCGCUCAUUCAAUCCAUCUUUGAUUCCAAUGAAUGCAUCAGCUUUCAUACGAUCGAAAACUUGUACCCUUAUGCCAACGCAAAAGAUAUCAUUGCCGAUCAUUAUGACAGCACGACUUAUUUUACACUCCAUUCAUGUCUUAUUAAAAAAUCUGUCAAGGAGAAAGCCAAGGAUGCCUUAGAGUCAGCUACCGACUAUUGUGAUUUCAAUGAUCAUUUGCCGCCUAAUUUAACAUUUGAUGAUGUCAACAAGGUGAUGGAUAUUGUCAUGUCUGAGAUCAAUACUGACCACAAGCGAUUGGUGAUCUUGGAAGGAGGUUAUGUGACGACACGAGAGUAUAUUGAUAAGACGGUGUUGCGUACCCGAGAUUAUCUUUUAAAUUUGGCAAGGACGUUAAAGCAAAAGAACUCGAGUGAAGUCUUAUCCGCCACGAAAAUGAGCCCUAGCUCGAUUGUAAAGGCGUUGGAAAGUACGGGGUGUCCAUACAAGAUUGCGGAAAAGAUUGUACCUUACACACGAGUAGCCAUUUUAAACCAAUUUGCGGAUAUUUUACAAACACCGUUUAUUGAAGCGCAGGAAAUUGUGUCUGCAGAUAAAUGGGUUGUUCAGUACAAGGCACGGGAAUUAGACACUGUUUUAAAUCUGGGUCAAUCCAUUUAUUACAAUUACCAAGCGAUUCAAGUAUUCGGGGAUGGAUCUGCUAAAAAGAGUCUAGAGAAAUUCGUAUUGAAAACCCAGUGUGUUGAUUUUCUCUACCAUCUUGUGAUUUACACCAUCUUGUCACAGUCAUUUAAUAAGGCAGAAGUGGCUGAAUCUACUUCCUUGUGUAUCACCAUAGAGGAUAUUGAGAAACAAGCUAUUUUGGACGCUAAACAACAAAAGUAUGUGAUCACGUAUUUCAUUCGAGAAAAUGACCAUAAAUACGACAAGACUAGUAUUGUUGAAAUUGAAGAGAUUCUCAAGAAGAAGAACCUCUCACUCUUCAUUUCAGACAUUUUAAUAGAAGAUAAACAACAUUUAUUUAAAAACUUGACAAGUCCCCAAACAAAAAGGUAAAAAGAAGUUUUCUUACAUAGAAGCGGUAAAAAAAGACUUUUUCAUGAUUAAAUUCUGUUUUGUUCAUAGGGAAGCAAACAAGACGAUUCAGAAUCAUUUGUACAAUCAAUUGGAAGGGUUGCAGAUCUCUGCGAAUUCAGCUCCCCAACUCGUGCACCUGACAACAUUACUGUUUUUUCAAAAGAUACACGGGAUUCCGUUGUACGUAUCAGGGAAAUUUGUACCCGUCAUCUUGAACGAGAUCAAAUCAAAAUUGAAUGAGAACGAACAGUUGUUAUUGGAAACAGCGCACUUGUCAAUUGUCAAUCAUGACCGUGAUCAACAUUUAGAGGAUUAUAAACAAUUAAAGAUGAUUGGUAUGAGUUACAAAUAAAAUCUCCUCACUGCAUAAAUAGUUUCCCUUUUUUUUUUUUUAUAUAUAUUUUUAUUCCUUUCUCUCUCUCUCUUUCUCUUCCCUUCUUCUUUAUAAAUAGAAUGGC